AUGGAGUCACACACCUUGCAAGCCUCGCUGAUGGAACUCACCUGCCACAUCUGUAAGAACUACUUCCUAGACCUGGUCACCUUAUACUAUGGGCACAGCUUUCGCUAUCCCUGCCUGUGCCUCAGCUGGGAUGCAGCCCAGAUUCCAAUGCGCUGCCAUUAUUGCACACAAGUUCCAGAGAAGCCAGAUUUCAAUACCGAUAUCCCAGUCAGGACCCUGGCUUUCCUAGCCAGACAGGCCAGAGCUGAUUCUGUCAACAGUUCUGAGGAAGAGAUCUCUGUGGCACAGGAUGCAGCAAAGGGGCUCUUCUGUGAAUUUGAAAAGAAAUUGUUCUGUGGGCUCUGCUCUGAAUCCCUGGACCAUGCGGCUCACAGCCACAGCCCAGCACAAGGGGCUGCUGAGGAAUCCUGGGCGGACACCCAACCCCUGAGUCACAUCAGGUGGGCUAGUCGGGGACCUUGUAGAGGGUUUGAUUUAACUGGAAAAGGGAUCAGGAACAUAGGGUCAGAAUGUACAGAAGGGCUUGAAAAUACUCAAGACACUUUGAAGUAUGAGGCAAAAUGUUUCUCAAAUAUUUUCUUGAUAAGAUUAAGGAAAAAAUGGAAGUUUGACAAUCUUUUUCGAGUGAUAAUGUGUAAUCCCUUUGAUCCUCUAUCUGUGCAGGAGUAUGUGGCCCGUAGGGAGGUGAUGAUCAAAGCUGAAUUUCAGAAGUUGCAUCUAUUUCUCUAUGAGGAGGAGCACCUCUAUGUUGAUACAAUGGAGAGAGAAGCAGAGGAGAUCUUCCAACAACUGCAGAAAAGCAAAGUCAGAAUGACCCAAUAGGCAGAAAGCCUCAAAGAGAUGUCUAGAGAGCAGAUGGACAUGUGCCACAAGCCAGAUGUGGAGAUGCACCUGGUCAGACCUCAGGGGAAUGACCUGUUGGUGCCCCCUAAGAAGUUAGACCUUCAGGAGCAGACUGCCAGGCAGGAGUUAGGUUUUCUUGAUUCAGUAAAAAAAAGGACUGAAUUGGUGCAGAAUCAAAAGUAUCAGCCAGUGAAUCCUGAGCUCACCUCAUGGUGCUGCACUGGAGUCCUAGUCAUGCUGAACAGGUUUAGAGCUUUAUAG